CCAACAGUUGUGAAACCAAGAUGGCGUACGUCUACUCCAAUGCUCUUCAUGUUUCCAUAGCCUUAUUGCUUCUUGGUCUUAUCCAGAUUGCUUUGGAAGUCAGUUGUUUCUUUGGCUGCUAUGCAGGUUAUCAAUAUACAUACGCCUCACCGGGAUGGAGCGGAGUCUUGGCUUUUCUGACUGGUGUAUUUGGUAUCUGUAUGGUUCGGUAUUACAAAGAAAUGAUUUUGGGUAAAUGUUUCUUUAUCUUUAGUCUCCUCGUCUUGUUCGCCAGUGCAGCUUGCCUUUUCCUCGUCGCGUUCUUCGCCUGGCGAGCCGAAUACUCCCUGGCCUACGAUGCUCAAGAGAGGGCGCGUCGACGGGGACGUUCUGAGAAACUAGUAGCUACUGGUCUUGCCAUUCAUACCUGUGUGUUAUGUGUUGGUGUAUGUCUUCUUAUAUCGUCCUGCUAUGCAUCAUGGUUAAACUGCUGCUGUGAGAAAGCACCUACGAAGAAGGGUUACGGUCUUGCAUUGGAACCAGUCCGAGUGGCACAUGGGACUUCUCAUAAUCGUCAUCGGGAAAGCCCCUAAGUCAAUUUGUCGACUGGGGACUCCCCUUUUCAUUGCCAUCGGGGGAAUCCCCGAGGCUAGUGGUC